UUCGUCGGAUUUACACGUGGUUCGAAAACACUUGCCGCGGAACUUUCGGUUGGGUGAUUUGGCUGAUAUUGGUUGGUGUGUUUUUUUUGCUCCUGUGGUUGUCUGGUGGAUAUUUUUUGUUGGUUGGGGAACCAAUGUGAAUUGGGUUUUAUUCUACUGUCUGAAUGAAGUUGGGGAAAAAACGGCUAAAUCCGCCGGAUAGUGCCCGAUUUCUGGUAGCUGGCUAGCAGAGCAACAAUGGAAUGGAAUUGGCGCGUCCCGACCAGGUAUUCCGGUCGCCAAGGAUAUUAUUUGCGGUGUCGUUUUCCAUCCAUGGAUUGGUGAAGUGACAGCAGCACUCAGUGUAGUACGGUGACAGAUUCCGUCCUAUUUGCUCUCGGGGAACGCGAGCGACUUGCAUGAAGAGAUUUGCAUAUUUGUGCCGGUGCAUUCGCGCCAUCGAAGGUGUCAAAUUGAAUUUCAAACAAGUUACUCACCUGGAGCCGAAUCUUCUUUGAAGGGCUUCUCUUCUGGAAUACCUAAGUGUAGGGUGAAGUGAUGCAGCUGUAGGUGCAUUUUUUGAAAAAAAAAUCUUCAUCCUUGAAGUUCUGUAGUUUGGGGAAAAAAUGUUUAAAUAUUACAUAACAUAAUAAAGAGCAAAGCAGUUAUCCUGUCAGCGACCGGCAAGUGACCGUUAAAAUCCUAACGAAGUGCAACAUCUGUAUAUCGAAAGAAGGAAAGAAAGAAAGUGACGAGUCAAUACAACAAGAGCUCUCCUCUAGUUUUAAUGCACCAAUGCACCAGUGCACCUGUGUCAUUUAUCUCAGCUUCCGAAAUCGUGCAGCUUCCGUUUUUUUCCCUGUAUUGGCAGCUGCUAAAAGAGUUCUACAACUACACCAACCAGUAACAAACCGAUGACAAGCUGCAGCAGUGAUUUCAAAUCUCGAUAGUGUGUUCACAAGUGAUAUUUUCCACCUUGCGCGUCUAAACCAACGGCUAGUGAGAGAAAAAAAAAUGAAAAAAUAAAAGGUGGAAUAUUACUCCGGCGCACGAUUCAGUUUUUAAUUUUUUUUUCCCCAUAUUUCAAAGCAGUUGGAUUUCCUCUAUCAGUACCCAAGGAGAUAUACGAGAAAAGAAGAUGAAAAAAAGUUGGAAUAAAUUGUGAAGCUGUUGAAAAGUUCGACCGCUGCUCGCUGACCGAGCGUUGAAAAAAAGAAAAAAACCAACAGCUAUCCCCAAUCAGUCACUGACAUCACACUUGGAAUGUAGUUUGGUGAUUGGUGAUAUUAUUAAAUGUAAUCGGAUAAAAGAGUGCAGUGAGCCAAAUCCAAAAAAUAAAAAUAUAUUGAGUGCCAACUAGCAAAAGCUUAUGAACGUGAUUAGUGCAACUGAAAAUGGAUUAUUGAAAAUUUACUUUGAGAGACCAACGAACAACCAAUGAUCAUCCGGCAAUGUAGCGUGAUCGAUAAUUGAGGGGCUGAUUUUAUGAGGCAUGGACAAAUCCGGGCUGCCGGAAUGGAUUUGUUCUGAAGAUCGGUGGCCAACCCUCCGCUAUCUGGUGUCCUGUGCCAACUACAACAACACCUGGACCUCGUACUGGGGACCGGAUAUUGUGUGCGAUUUCGUUGGACCAAAAGUUUCAGCAUCAACGACCCCUGUAGAUGCAAUCAAUAAAAGCAAUCUAACGCUCAAGGAAAGUUUCAAGGGAACGGAUGCAGGAGAGAGCAGUGGAGCACUAGGGAUUGCCGUUCAGUGUUAUCAUAGUCUAAGGUGUAUUCUCAAAUCAGUCAAUCCGAGCAUUGGGUCCACCACCCCCACAGCCGAAACCAGCAGCAACAGCGUUCCUCGAAUCCGAUGGACCGAUGCGGUGUACGAGUGCAGUCCGCUAAGCUCAUUAAUCGACGACACCGCCUCAACGACGACGGGCAAGUUGCUGAAAGAUUGCAUCACCAGCUACACCAACAGCACAACCGUGAUAGCUCGUAACAUCGUUAGGCCAGUUUCGGAACUGCUGCUCAAACUGCCUCAGCUGUCCGGGUUGGAAUCGAUGAUUCAAUCGCUGGCUGCCGGCACCAGAACAGGAAAUUCCACCCACACAACCCGGGGCAGCACGGAUUCACGUGUUCCAUGCGGCAGCAGCGAGACCACUUCCGGUGAGAAUAACCGGGAUCAUUCGGCGGCGUUCAUUUUGGAUCGCUUUCACCGUUAUCAGCUAAUUUGCAACAAUAGUGCAGGCCGCUUGACGUUCUACGAGAACGAUUCGUUUGAUGUCCUUGCAUCGUCUGCCGGUUAUGGAGUCAACUCGAGCUCAUCAUCAUCGAACACAUCAACAACAACUGUCACUUCCGGAACCGCUGGGCUCCCGGAGGUCCCAAUCCUGGAACCGGUUCAAUGCUUGCUCAGCCUCGAGUAUCGAGAUGUGAUUAACCAACUUUCGAACGUUGUUACGGCCAAUUGGAGCGCGCCAAACGCCGGUGUUGUUGUUGCUGAUACCAUCAUCGGCAGUACCACGACGACUUCCUCAUUUUCCAGCUCUCUGAUGGUCCUCGGGGGAGUCAACGGCACAUUCCCCACCGAUCCUUUCGCCUCCGAUGAAGCCCUGCUCCUCGCGGACCGAUACGAGUGGAGCUUCCUGUUUGUGAUUCUGUUCAUCUUUGCCGGGGGACUGGGAAAUAUUCUGGUGUGUCUCGCAGUUGCCCUGGAUCGAAAGCUGCAAAAUGUUACCAAUUAUUUUCUGCUGUCGCUGGCCAUCGCCGAUCUGCUGGUGAGCCUGUUCGUGAUGCCACUGGGGGCCAUCCCCGGCUUUCUCGGAUAUUGGCCUUUCGGGUUCACCUGGUGCAACAUUUACGUGACGUGUGAUGUGUUGGCGUGUUCGGCUAGCAUUCUGCACAUGUGUUUCAUCAGCCUAAGUCGCUAUCUGGGAAUUCGAAAUCCACUGGGGAGCCGGCAUCACUCGACCAAACGACUGACGGGGAUCAAAAUCGCCCUGGUGUGGCUGCUGGCGAUGCUCGUCUCCAGUUCCAUCACCGUUUUGGGCAUCAUCAACCGUAACAACAUCAUGCCCGGUCCGCAGGAAUGCGUCAUCAACAAUCGGGCAUUUUUCGUGUUCGGAUCCCUGGUCGCCUUCUACAUCCCGAUGGUGAUGAUGGUCGUGACCUAUGCCCUCACGGUCCAACUGCUGAGGAAGAAGGCCCGCUUUCUGGCGGAACAUCCCGAGGGGGAACUUUUUCGCAGGCUCGGUGGCCGUUUAGGUCCCUCCAAACAUGCAUCCGGUGGCCAAUCCCAGAACGAUGCUCUCUGUAACGAACUGAAGCGGACCAGCGUCAAAAGUAAGCACACUGCCACCUCGGGCGGAGCAACUGGCCCCUGGCGGUUACACGGAGCCAACAAUCUGGACAGCAUCGGUACCAUUUCCGGUUCGCAUCCCGGUGAGCAUCAUCAGCCCCCGGCAGAUUACGGCAAUGGAGCCAGUAACGGUCCUGAUUCCCCAAUCGGGACUGCUUCCGGUGGAAAUUCAUCUCGGGCCCGGUUGAAGCGAGCGCUUUUUCAUCAUCACCAUCGCUCAACUAACCACAACCAUCAUCCGCAUCCGCAUCAGCUGUAUCCGGUUCCGUCUUCUGGGGGCGUUGGCAGGGAAACUUGCGACCGGGCAACCCAAACGCCCGAGAGCAUCGAACGGGAAACCCGGCGGCAGAAGUUCUGCUCAUUUCGGUUGCCCCUGAAUAGCGUCCCGACGCCGAGCAUCAAUUUUAAUCUCAAAUUUUUGGCCAACAAAAAGCGAUCCAGUCUUUCGGCCAAUGCCGUGGCCAACGAGCAAAAAGCAACCAAGGUCCUCGGUUUGGUGUUUUUCACUUUCGUAUUCUGCUGGGCGCCGUUCUUCAUCCUGAACAUUCUAUUUGCGGCCGUGCCGGAAAUAGAGGUCCCGGAUCGGAUCGUCAGCAUCUGUCUCUGGUUGGGAUACGUGUCCUCGACCAUCAACCCGAUUAUCUAUACCAUCUUCAACAAAACGUUUCGGGCAGCGUUCAUUCGGCUGUUGCGAUGUCGAUGCGAAAAAUCCGGUCGCCCCUCCCGAUACCGAUCGGUGACCGAUAGCCGGGGAACCAUCAGCCUAUGUACCCCGUCAGCCCUACCGUUGGCCAUUUCACUCCAGGGAGCACCGCUGUUAACCCCCUCCAGCACCCAGGUGACGCCACUGAGCGACUUCCGGGGCAGCUACGAAAUUACCGACGAUGAUUGUUAAUUUAUUCCGAUCCGUGGUCGUCGUCCUUAGUGUUAUGUAAACAGUAGGAUUAUACAGAAGUAUCUAUGUAAGUGGGUAAAACAGAUGGAUCGAGGGAUGAGCAUAAAAUGUAGGGGUAAAGGUGAAAAUAAGGGUGUUCGAUCACAUAUUGCGAUCGUUCGAUAUUUUGGGUGGUUUGAAGUUACUGAGAGAAUAGAGACUAUGAGCAAGUUUGAGGAUCGGAUCUGAAUGGGCGUAGUUUUUACAAUAGUACCUUAAGAUAGAAAAUUUCAAUGUUAGUUUGUAUGGUCAAAAUAAACUGUUAAAUCAAAGUAUCUCAAAUCUAACGCAUUUAAACGAAACUGGUUUAAAGCGAUACUAGCGACAGUCAAACUCCCAGGUAAUUUAGCUAGUUGCAAUUUAAGGUAUCGAUGUACAGUUGGGGUCACAAAAAAUGUUAACUGAACAAAAAUGAGCACCCACAAAAUACCCCCUAUUAGUGAAAUGGGCAAGAUAUGUAAAUUCUGAACAGAACUAAAACGUUUGAUGAAAAAAACAAAUUUAAACAGCAAAAUAAUCUCUAGAUUAUUCUAGAUUAUUCUAGAUCUACUUCAAAUGUAGGUUGAACUACAAUUUUGAUGCUUCUAAACAAGUAUGGCCCACAAAAAUGCGAAAAUCUGUGAUCAAAGUUCGAAAACGCUUUUCAUCAUUUAAAAUUGAUUUAAAAUCCUUUUUAUAAUAAUAAGAAGGCAUAUAGUUAAACAUAUUAAGAAACAAUCACUCGAUGUGUACAUUUCCGUUCUAAAUUACAUCUUCUCUUCUGUCUUUUUCCAAGGAAAAUUUUCCGCUGAACAACUUUGUUGAAGACCGUAACUUCGUAUCUUUUUAGGCAAAAAGUUAUGAGCUGUUAUAUAAAUUCAAUUAACAUCACUACUGCGUUUCUAGCGAAAUAUUGCAUGACUUCUUUUCUUGCAAUACUACGCGUGGCACAAGCAAUGAUGUCAAUUGAAUUUAUUGUUUUUCAAUGCCAAAAGACAUACCUCUGUUAAACAGCUUAUAAUUUUUCCGUCUAAUAAGAUACGAAGUUACGGUCUUCCACAAAGUUAUCCAGUGGAUAAUUUCCUUUGAAGAAUUUAUAAAUUGGCACGAAAACCAAAAGCAGGCUCGGUUCCACAGAAGAAACACAAAUGUUGUUGAUUUUUCAGUAGAUACUAAAUAUUCAAUUUUCUUAUACAAACCUAAAAGUUCAAAUUUAUGCAUGUAAACAUAACUUAAAAAUCCGGAAAAAAAUCAUGGAUGAGUUUUGAACAAAAACGAAGCUGUUUAGAUCCCAGAGGUUGCAAAAUUAAAAAAUGACCUCAAAAUCUAAUCCUACAGCCGCUGAAAUUUGCUUGGAUAUUUUUGGAUUAGAAACGAACUGAUCACUACCUGAUGUGUGUAUAUCUUGCCUAUAUAGCGUAUACUUUACUACUGCAUUCUUAAAGUGAAUUGGCAGAUGAAGGUUGGAACUAAAACACACAUAUAAAAAAAUCUUUUAAAAAUGUCAAAAACAAACUAAAAUAGACUGCUAAAAUUUUCGCAUUUUUAUGGGUCUGACUGUAUUCUCUCUGAUUUUGCUAUACAGUUCAUUAUUAAUUACAUGAAAUUGUCGGUUAGAAACCGUUUUACACAAAAAGUUUGAUUAUAAAAAAAAGUUCAAAGCAUGUUAACAACGAUUCAAUUUAAAAAGAAUAGUUUACAAAGUUCCAGUCAUUUUUUUUUUACAUUUCAGUUUUUCUAAUAAUAAAAUAGAGUGAUUUUAUUUUCUUUAGAAAGAUAAUAAAAAACAUUCCUUUUACAAAAAAUUUCUUGAACUUUGAAGUUUUUGGCAGAUUCAAACUAAUUAUUUUGACAUUUGUUUUUUAAGUAUCCUGUAAAAUUGGAUUUUCAAUAUCACGCAAGCUAUUUGAUCCAUCAGAAAAAAAACGCUUUUUUAUUUUGAGUUUUCAAACCUUUACAAGAUAAAACCCAAAACAACAUUAAUUCGAAACCGGGCAAGCAAUCGUAGACCAAAAGUAUUAGAGCUUAGUGAUAAGAAAACGGAGGAAAAAGUUUGUUAUCAUUGUAGUACAAUCGAACUAGUUUUCCAAAAGUGUAGACCAUUUAAAACAUACAAACAUACAUACAAACAUAGAUGUUUUAGUGAGCAAGCAAACUUUGAUAGGUGUUGAUCUUAAUUGCAGAAAUAUAGACACAUUUGUUGUAGUUUA